UGUAAGGCAACUUAUCAAAUGUUAUGUUUUGGUGUUUCGACCCCUCACUGUGUUUUUGUUUUUAUUUACUGCCUAAGGCACUCUGUUACAGAAUUGUAGAAAAGAAAACAUGAAAUAUAACUAUACUGUUUGUCACCAACUACGCCUGUAACAUGAAGUAAGAUAUUAAUGAAAAUAAUCAAGCUCAUUGAGUAUUGGCAUUCGAUUAAGCCAAUAGUCACAGGGUACAAAGCAUGACAGCGAGAUAUUCAACCAAUGGGGUGUCAGUGGGCGGGACUUCACGCCCAACUAACGUAAGCGUUGUUAGUAGGAAGAAGACGCCGAUUCUGGUAGCCAUUACGUUGCGCAUAUCAAUUGAGUAAACCCUUACUAUUUUGCGUACACUACGCACAAUUACUUCAACAAAAGACACGUUUUCGCAGUAAUGGCAUCGAUCGCGAAAAAGAGAAAAAUGAAUUUCUCGGAGAGAGAGGUGGAAAUUAUAGUAGAAGAAAUAGAGAAACAAAAACACACACUGGUUAACCACUUCAACGCUGGAGUCACCCACAUGGCAAAGAAUAACGCGUGGGUGGACAUCCUAAGGAAGGUAAACGCUGUGACCACCUGUCCCAGAGAGCUGCCCGAGGUGAAAAAGAAGUGGUCCGACAUGAAGACGGAGGUCCGGCGGAAAGUGGCCCAGGCGCGGGCUGCCAUAGAGGGAACCUCCGCCGACUGCACUCCGGUCCCCGUCAUCCUCACGGCUAUGCAGCAGCGGAUCUGUAACCUCCUGGGGGAGGCCACCAUCAUCAGCCUACCUGCAGCAGACUCGGAUGCUGAGAUGAGCUUACCUGUGACCGUGACCACCGCCACCACCGUCACACUAGCAGAGACUCUCCCGGCUGGCUCAGUAACAGUCUGUGACGAAGCAAAGCCACUGAACGCUGAAACCACCUACCACUCUCUGGAGGAUGAAGGAGUAGUGGAGUACUGCACCACCACUGUAACCGACUCAAUGCCCAUCGUUGAGGCUCCAGUGGAGAUGCUGGCCUCGUCUGCGGCGUCCCCUCCUCCCCCUCAAGGCCAGGCCAAACCUCAGGAGCUGAAGAGCCGUAUCGCCCUUAACUCAGCUCGCCUGCUGCAGGAACAGAGAGUCACCAACGUUCACAUCCGACAGAUCGCCCAGCACUUGGAGGGCCAGAACGAUCUGCUGCACAUGAUGCGGCGCUCCCAGGAGGCUCAGGCAUUCGCCCAAGAGAGACAGGCUCAGGCCUUGGAAGGAACCCAGGCUGCUCUUCUAGCAUUAGUUCAAAUGCUCAGGCCUGCACUCAAAGACCUGCGCAAAUUCCUACAGACUGGGAGUGAGGUAGCAGCUCCCCACAGCAGCUCAGCAGCAAUGGGAACAGCUGACGGGGCAGGAACUGAGGAGCACAGCAGGCCCAAAACACCUCCAACCCCUAAACAGCAGGCUGAGGAUGCACAAUAAAGACUGUGUGUGUGUGUGUGUGUGUGUGUGUGUGUGUGUGUGUGUGUGUGUGUGUGUGCUUUGUACUUAGAGGAGUGCAUGCACACAGACUUUAUAAUAAAAAGUUUGUCAAAAGAUGCCUUGAGGUAAGUGUGUGCAGGAUUUUGGUUAAGUUUAUGAAUUGGAAAAGGAGUCACGGAAGCAGUGAAAUGACAAUUAACAUUGCGUUUGUUAUUUAAUACAUUGUAUUUAAUUUUGAAAUGAGGUUUUUAAUACAAAGCAGCAGAAAGUCAUUCCCUGCUGUUUGCUGAAAAUGUCAUUCUUAGUUUUCAAGUCAUCCUGCGGUUUACCCUUAGAGUGAGUCUAGCACACUUCAGUUA